AUGGCUAAAAUAGGCGAAGGUAUUCAAGUCCCAUUGUCAUGGAUUCCAGCAAGAGAUGGAAAAACUCCAUCUGGAGCAAUUAAUGUCUGCUUUGGUAUCUAUGUAAUUCGUAGAAAGUAUGGAAAUGAAUGGAUUCCUGGAAAGCUAGUUAGGGAUUAUCGAACUUGCUACUGUCCCGUUAAUGGCAAAGAGUUGGAAUCACGGGAGUAUGAAGUAUUAUGCGACACUUCUCUUCCUGAUUCUAAGAAAUGCUAUGAAUGGGAACAUGCAUCAGGGGGUGACGUGCCGAAGAAUGCUAUAGUUGCCGGUACGUGGUCUGGUACGCCACUAUAUAUUGCCAAAGGUAUUUUAAAUCGAGAAGUUUGUGUUGGAAAGGUACAAGAAGGUUCCACCUGUGCAUAUCUACCAUGGGGUGGUAAGGCACAUUCAGUAAAGGAUUAUGAAGUUCUAGUUUUAAAGAUGGAAUAG